AGACAAGCAGGUGCUGGCCAGAAGAGCUCGUAGAAAGAAGUUAAAAGCUGCCGAGAGACCUGACUGCAGACAGAGAAGCAGAGCUGACAGGCCAGAGCUGACGAGGAAGAAGCAAACGCUGCAAGCAGCAGACAGCAACAAGCAAAUAAUACGGCAAAGCCAAAGGACAGAGCAAGGAAGAAUAAAUUAGAUGUUGGCCUGAGCUUUUGGAAGUCCUGAAAGAGGUGGAGUUUUCCUUUUUCACUGACGGAGGAAUUUGAAAUCACAGGGCAUCUCACAGAGAAACAGGAAAGCAAAAAUGGAAAUAUUUCAUAAACACAAGGGUGAAAGUAAAAUCCGAAUUUCCCGUGAACUCUCAGAAGGGGAAAAAUUAGGAACAAGUAACAGAAAGGUGCGGGUGAAGAAAUGCCUGGAUAGCCUUGGGAUUCCCUGUAAUCUGGAUGAUGUGCCCAAUAUCGCCAUCCUGGGAGCUGGUGGAGGUCUUCGAGCCAUGAUCGCCCUUCAUGGAACCCUGCAGGAGCUACAAAAGCAUGGUCUCUUGGACACCAUCAUGUACUUGUGUGGGGUCUCAGGUUCAACUUGGUGUAUGUCGUCUCUCUACAAAAAUGGGGACUGGACAGAGAAAUUGCAGGCCUUGGAGGAAAGUAUGUGUGCUAGACUUUCCAAAUACACCUGGAGUGUCCCAAAGGCAACAAAAAUGCUUCUCGAGGCAGCUAAAGAUGAAAAUUACUCCCUGACUGAGUUCUGGGCCUACACUGUGGUCUAUGGAAUGUUACAUGAGCUGGACAAGGGACACUUGUCUGAGCAGCAGAGUGCUUCUGAGAAUGGAAAUAACCCCUACCCCAUCUAUGCAGCAGUGGAUGAGCGAAGUUUUUCCAAAGUAACUGAAUACUCUCCAGCAACCUGGUUUGAGUUCACCCCCCAUGAAGCCAGCUUCCUUGGCUAUGGAGCAAGUGUACCCAUGGAAUACUUUGGAAGUGAAUACAAGAAUGGGGAGCUAAAGAAGCAGAAAGAAGAGAAAAGCAUGAGUUACCUACAAGGUUUGUGGGGAAGUGCCAUUGGCAGCAAAACAGAAAAUGAAAAAGUCCUAAAAGAUAUAUUCUUUGGCUUCUUUAAGGGAGAAAAGGAAUCACAUUCACCAUCUAAAGAAAGUUGCCCGGAAGGAAUAGUCAAGGGGUUUCCAGCACCCACCAUUGAACCUGAAGCUGGUGAUAUGGAAGGCUCAUUGCAGAGUGAGCCAGCAGGAGCUUCACCAGGAGGCUUUUCACCAGAUACUAAGAACAAGUCAAUUACUGAAAACAUUAAAGGCGGAGGAGGCUCAGUGGUGGAUUUCGCUAGAAUGUGGCAAAAAACCACUCAUGGUCUCUUGACCUGGAAAUGGGGAACGAAUAAUAACUUUCUUUACAAAUGUUCUGCUCUUGACUCUACUGAGCUGGUGAAGGAUAAAGUCAUCUCCUUGGUAGAUGCUGGAAUAGCCAUAAACUGUGCUUUCCCUCUGGUUCUCCGCCCGGAAAGGAAAGUGAAACUGAUCCUCUCCUUUGACUAUGGCCCUUUUGAACCAUUUAAGGCCCUCAAGCAAACUGCCAAAUACUGUAAAGAAAACUGCAUCCCAUUUCCUGAGAUAGAUGAGAAAUUGCUCCAAGAGCCAGAUAACCCCUCUGACUGCUACAUCUUCAGAGGAGAGGGUGCUCCAACAGUCAUGCACUUGCCACUUUUCAACAGAGUGAAUUGCCCAGCCUAUGUGACAGAAUGGAGAAUUAGAUUCACCCCUGUUCGCUGUCUCUACCAUGUGGGAGACAUCACCAAACUCCUUCAAUCAGCCAGACUGAAUGUAUUGAACAACAAAGACAAGAUUCUACAAGAGAUCAAAUACAUUGUAGCUCACUCCAGGAAGGAGGCAAGCUCUUAAGAAGACUUUUUCAUGUAUUCCUCACAUACGUUAAUGCCACCCAGUAGAUUUUGCGAACUACAGAAUUGUCACUUGGUUGGAAAAUGUCAUCAUUUGGGAUCACAGUGGGGAGGGGAAUCUUAGAUUCUGCUAUGAAAGCACUAGUACCUAGCUCAUGAGUUAACCCAUAACUGGACUGCACUUUAGUUCAGCAAUUCUGAUUCUGUGCAUUAGUCAAAGACAAAUUCUCUCUUCGUAUAAAUCAUUCUUUGCUUGCUGUUAUGAAUUAUUGCUCAUUCAGUCUCUGCUCUGUGUGAUGCCAGAUGCCUUUUGUCUCCUGAUGCACAAUUUAUGUUCAAUGAAUAAAGCUUAUAAAAUCUCA